AAAAUGUAUAAAAGACCCAGAUUUACACUCUUGUGGACAAAAGUUUGAUUUGUUGGCAUCAUGCACAGUCUGAGCACAUUUCUGCUUUUCUACAUUCUGGCAUGCCUCAAAAUUGUCCAUGGAGCUGACAUCAUACAUGGACAAAAAGUCAGAGGCAACUCUAUGUUGUACAUGGUCUCGGUGCAAAACAAAUGGGGUCAUGUGUGUGGAGGGUUUCUGGUCAGCGAGGACAUUGUAAUCACUGCUGCACACUGCAGUGCUGAAGAAAUCGAUCAUGUUGUUCUGGGAACCCACAAUCUAAGGAAGUGGAAUAUUAGUCCAUUAAACAUUACAUACAUGUGCAAAUACCCAACUUAUAUAUCUGCCGGAUUUGGUGAUGACCUUAUGAUCCUUAGAUUGUCUGGAAAAGCUCCUCUAAACAACUUGGUGAAAACACUCCCGAUUCCAAAAGAUGAAAUAAAGCUGAAAGAGGGGGAGAUCUGCUCUGUAGCAGGAUGGGGUAAAACUGAGAACAAGGAUUUUACAGUAGAUUAUAUGAGAGUGGUGAAUGUUUCACUCUUAAAUCCAAAACUCUGUCAAAGGAUUUGGGGGCCUGGUCUUCCUCCCAAAGCGAUCUGCGCUGGUGGAUAUAAUACAAACAAAGGAUUUUGUCAAGGUGAUUCUGGUGGUCCUUUAGUAUGCAAUGGAAUGGCUGUUGGUGUUGUGUCCUUCAACAGACACCGUAACUGCAAAUACCCCGAUGUGCCUAAUGUGUAUACAGACAUAUCUAAAUAUCUUCAAUGGAUCAACAAGAAUAUGAAAACAAAGGAGUGUGUGAAGUAAUCUUGUUGCAGAAGUUCUCGUAAAUGAGGAACAUACUCAUCUUUUUUUUUCAGUGUAAUAAAGGGACAAAAUACCAGAAGGUCAUUUAUCAGUAAAAACACAUGCAUACAGAAAAUUCUACAAUCGACGAAAGGGUGUAUCAGACCAAAUCCAUUGGUUAUGAGUUCAAAAGUAUAAAUAAACGUUUAAGCAUCA